AGGAUUAGGACUUAUUUGAUUCUUUGACCGUAAAUAAAAGGAAAUUAGAAAAAGAAAAGCUUCCUCAAUUGAAAUGGGUAUCUGCAUAUCCGCUGAAUCUUCAGAGAUUCAUCACGAAUCAUCUAACUUAGCUACUGAAGAGAAUGUAACAGUGUAUGAAUCUAGCAAGAAUGUUAAUUUAAGUAAGAUUCACAGACUUUCUUCUAUUCACUCUAAAAAGGGUAGCAAAGGACUUAACCAAGAUGCUGCCACUCUUUGCCAGGGUUAUGGCAUGGAGGAUGCAGCAUUUUGCGGUGUUUUUGAUGGGCACGGAAGGAAUGGUCGCAUAGUGAGCCAAAUAGUAAACAAGCGUUUGUCUUCACUCAUUCUGGACCAAAAGAAUAUGAUAACUCAUGCCAAGAAUGAUAACAAUACCAUAUUGGAAGAUGAUGACUCGUGCACAAACAAGAAUUUUCAAGAGUGGAAAGAAGCUAUUCUUUGUGCUUUCAGGGUGAUGGACAUGGAGGUGAAUCAACUAGAGAAUCUAGAUUUCUCUUGCAGUGGAACUACAGCUAUAGUUGCUAUAAGACAGAGUGAAGAUCUUAUCAUGGCUAACCUUGGUGACUCAAGAGCUGUCUUGGGGACAAUUUGUGAUGGUGAAAUCAUUCCCAUUCAACUGACCACAGAUAUGAAGCCUGGAUUACCUCGUGAAGCAGAUAGAAUAAGAAGUUGUAAUGGUCGUGUAUUUGCUCUACAUGAGGAACCACACAUCCAAAGAGUAUGGUUACCCAAUGAGAACUCCCCAGGCCUAGCAAUGUCUCGUGCUUUUGGAGAUUUCAUUCUUAAGGACCACGGUAUCAUUGCUAUUCCGGAGAUUUCGUUUCGCCCUCUAACAUCAAGUGACCAAUUUGUUGUGCUUGCAAGUGAUGGGGUGUGGGAUGUGCUAAGCAACAUCGAGGUUUGCUCGAUCGUGUGGACGACAGAGAAUGAAGCAGCGGCAGCUAAGGCAGUGGUGGAAGCAGCUACAGCUGCAUGGAAAAGCAAAUAUCCUUCCUCCAAGGUAGACGACUGCACCGCAGUUUGCCUCUUCCUGCAGAAGAAACAAAGGAGCCUAGUAUAUGUAAAAACUGGAAAUAAUGUUAACUAACUUGCGCUAUUGACAAAGGCCUUGCUAUGAUAUAAUGUGGAAUCGCAAGCCUAGUUCAAUGUGAUAUAUUUAUAUACAUGAUACAUCACUUAAUGAUAAUAGUAUGGAAAAGAAAUUCAAACUCUGAAA